CAGUGGGCCUGCUACAAGGGGGAUGCGGGAGGCUUGCUCAUGGGCUCCCUGAAGAAGAUGAGCAGCUCAUUCAAGCGGGGCUCACUCAAGAGCUCCACAUCUGGGUCCCAGAAGGGUCAGAAAGCUUGGAUAGAGAAAACAUUUUACAAAAGGGAGUGUAUUUUCGUAAUUCCCAACACCAAAGACCCAAACAGGUGUUGCUGUGGUCAACUAAUCAACCAGCAUAUCCCCCCUUUGCCUAGUGCAACACCCAGCAAAAAUGAAGAGGAGAACAAACAGGCAGAGACUCAGCCAGAAAAAUGGUCUGUCAGUAAACACACCCAGAGCUACCCAACAGAUUCCUAUGGGAUUCUUGAAUUUCAGGGUGGCGGAUACUUCAAUAAAGCCAUGUAUAUCCGUGUAUCCUAUGACACCAAGCCAGAUUCCCUGCUUCAUCUCAUGGUGAAAGAUUGGCAGCUGGAACUCCCCAAGCUCUUAAUAUCUGUGCAUGGUGGUCUCCAGAACUUUGAGAUGCAGCCCAAGCUGAAGCAGGUGUUUGGGAAAGGUCUGAUCAAGGCCGCCGUGACCACAGGGGCCUGGAUCUUCACAGGGGGCGUCAGCACUGGUGUCAUCAACCAUGUGGGGGAUGCCUUGAAAGAUCAUUCCUCCAAGUCCAGAGGCCGGGUCUGUGCUAUAGGAAUUGCUCCAUGGGGCAUGGUGGAGAAUAAGGAAGACCUGGUUGGAAAGGAUGUAACAAGAGUGUACCAGACCAUGUCCAACCCUCUGAGUAAGCUCUCUGUGCUCAACAACUCUCACACUCACUUCAUCCUGGCUGAUAAUGGCACCCUGGGCAAAUAUGGUGCUGAGGUGAAGCUGCGGAGGCAGCUGGAAAAGCACAUCUCUCUGCAGAAGAUUAACACAAGACUGGGGCAGGGUGUGCCGGUCGUGGGCCUCGUGGUGGAAGGGGGCCCUAACGUGGUUUCCAUUGUCUUGGAAUACCUCCGAGAAGACCCUCCAGUCCCCGUGGUGGUCUGUGAUGGCAGUGGACGAGCCUCGGAUAUUUUGUCCUUUGCACACAAGUACUGUGAAGAAGGAGGGAUAAUAAAUGAGUCCCUCAGGGAUCAGCUUCUAGUUACCAUUCAGAAAACAUUUAAUUACAGUAAGACACAAUCACAUCAGCUGUUUGCAAUUAUAAUGGAGUGCAUGAAGAAGAAAGAACUCGUCACUGUGUUUAGAAUGGGUUCUGAGGGUCAGCAGGACGUGGAGAUGGCAAUUUUAACUGCACUGCUCAAAGGAACCAAUGCAUCGGCUCCAGAUCAGCUGAGCUUGGCACUGGCUUGGAACCGUGUUGACAUAGCACGAAGUCAGAUCUUUGUCUUUGGGCCCCACUGGCCGCCCCUUGGAAGUCUGGCCCCUCCGGUGGAUACUAAAGCCACAGAGAAGGAGAAGAAGCCACCCACAGCUACCACUAAGGGGAGAGGAAAAGGAAAAGGCAAGAAGAAAGGGAAAGCAAAAGAGGAAGUAGAGGAAGAAACUGACCCCCGGAAGAUCGAGCUGCUGAACUGGGUGAAUGCUCUAGAGCAAGCGAUGCUGGAUGCUUUAGUCUUAGAUCGAGUUGACUUUGUCAAACUCCUGAUUGAAAAUGGAGUGAACAUGCAACACUUUCUUACCAUUCCGAGGCUGGAGGAGCUCUAUAACACGAGACUGGGUCCACCAAACACACUUCAUCUGCUGGUGAGGGAUGUAAAAAAGAGCAACCUUCCACCUGAUUACCACAUCAGCCUCAUAGACAUAGGGCUUGUGCUGGAGUACCUCAUGGGAGGAGCCUACCGCUGCAACUACACUCGGAAAAGUUUUCGGACCCUAUACAACAACUUGUUUGGACCUAAGAGGCCUAAAGCUCUUAAACUUUUGGGAAUGGAAGAUGAUGAGCCUCCAGCCAAAGGAAAGAAAAAGAAAAAGAAGAAAAAAGAGGAAGAGGUCGACAUUGAUGUGGACGACCCCGCCAUGAGUCGAUUCCAGUACCCCUUCCACGAGCUGAUGGUGUGGGCCGUGCUGAUGAAACGCCAGAAAAUGGCAGUCUUCCUCUGGCAGCGAGGGGAAGAAUGCAUGGCGAAAGCCUUGGUGGCCUGCAAGCUCUACAAGGCCAUGGCCCAUGAGUCCUCCGAGAGCGAGCUGGUGGAUGACAUCUCCCAGGACUUGGACAACAAUUCCAAAGACUUUGGCCAGCUUGCUGUGGAGUUGUUAGACCAGUCCUAUAAGCAUGAUGAGCAGAUUGCCAUGAAACUGCUGACCUAUGAGCUAAAAAACUGGAGCAAUUCAACCUGCCUCAAACUGGCUGUGGCGGCCAAACACCGGGACUUUAUCGCUCACACCUGCAGUCAGAUGCUACUGACUGACAUGUGGAUGGGAAGGCUUCGAAUGAGGAAAAACCCUGGCCUGAAGGUUAUCAUGGGAAUUCUUUUUCCCCCCACCAUCUUGUUUUUGGAAUUUCGCACAUAUGAUGAUUUUUCAUACCAAACAUCCAAGGAAAAUGAAGAUGGCAAAGAAAAAGAAGAUGAGAAUAUGGAUGCAAAUGCAGAUGCUGGCUCAAGAAAGGGGGACGAAGAGAAUGCACACAAAAAGCAAAAAAGUAUUCCCAUUGGAACAAAGAUCUGUGAAUUCUAUAACGCUCCCAUUGUUAAGUUCUGGUUUUACACAAUUUCAUACUUGGGUUAUUUACUUCUGUUUAACUAUGUCAUCCUGGUGCGGAUGGACGGCUGGCCCUCUCUCCAGGAAUGGAUUGUCAUCUCCUACAUUGUGAGCCUGGCAUUAGAGAAAAUACGAGAGAUCCUCAUGUCAGAACCAGGCAAACUCAGCCAGAAAAUAAAAGUGUGGCUUCAGGAGUACUGGAACAUCACUGAUCUUGUGGCCAUUUCCAUGUUCAUGAUUGGAGCAAUCCUUCGCCUCCAGAACCAGCCAUACAUGGGCUAUGGUCGGGUCAUCUACUGUGUGGACAUCAUCCUCUGGUACAUUCGUGUCUUGGACAUCUUUGGUGUCAACAAGUAUCUGGGGCCCUACGUGAUGAUGAUUGGAAAGAUGAUGAUUGACAUGCUCUACUUUGUGGUCAUCAUGCUGGUCGUGCUGAUGAGUUUUGGAGUAGCCCGUCAAGCCAUUUUGCACCCAGAAGAGAAACCUUCUUGGAAACUGGCCCGAAACAUCUUCUACAUGCCCUACUGGAUGAUCUAUGGAGAGGUGUUUGCAGACCAGAUAGACCUCUACGCCAUGGAAAUUAAUCCUCCUUGUGGUGAAAACCUCUAUGACGAGGAUGGCAAGAGGCUCCCUCCCUGCAUCCCAGGGGCCUGGCUCACACCUGCUCUCAUGGCAUGCUAUCUACUAGUAGCCAACAUCCUGCUGGUUAACCUGCUGAUCGCUGUUUUCAACAAUACCUUCUUUGAAGUAAAGUCAAUAUCCAACCAAGUGUGGAAGUUCCAGCGAUAUCAGCUGAUUAUGACAUUUCAUGACAGGCCUGUCCUACCCCCUCCAAUGAUUAUUUUAAGCCAUAUCUACAUAAUCAUUAUGCGUCUCAGUGGUCACUGCAGGAAAAAAAGAGAAGGGGACCAGGAAGAACGGGACCGUGGACUAAAGCUCUUCCUCAGCGAGGAGGAACUGAAGAGGCUGCACGAGUUCGAGGAGCAGUGCGUGCAGGAGCACUUCCAGGAGAAGGAGGACGAGCAGCAGUCGUCCAAUGACGAGCGCAUCAGGGUCACUUGUGAGAGAGUUGAAAGCAUGUCAAUGAGGCUGGAAGAAAUCAAUGAACGAGAAAAUUUUAUGAAAACUUCCCUACAGACUGUUGAACUUCGACUUUCUCAACUCGAAGAAUUAUCUAGCAGAAUGGUGAAUGCUCUUGAAAAUCUUGCAGGAAUUGACAAGUCUGAUCUGAUACAGACCCGGUCCCGAGCUUCAUCAGAAUGUGAUGCAGCUUACCUUCUACGGCAAAGCAGCAUCAACAGUGCCGAUGGCUACAGCAUGUAUCGGUAUCACUUUAAUGGGGAGGAGUUAUUGUUUGAGGAUUCCUCUCUUUCCAUGUCACCAGGGACAGGAUUCAGGAAGAAAACUUGUUCCUUCCGUGUGAAGGAAGAGAAGGACUCAAAAAUACACCUACUCCCUGAACGCCAGGGAAGCCUUCACUUUUCUUCAAGUCCAAGCCCACCAGCAACACCAGACCGCUAUCGACUUGGGGUAGACAACUCCAAGAACACUUCAGAACCCAAAGUAGGUCCAAAUAUUGGGAUUUCAACUGAAGGUGAUGAAAGACAGGAAGACUCUAAAAGUGCAGAAAUGGUUUCUCCAGAUUUAAACCCAACAGAUGUUAUGCACGGACAGAACAAAUCAGAUUUUCCAAACACUCAGUUAACAGUAGAGACGACAAAGAUGGAAGGCACAAUUUCCUAUCCCCUGGAAGAAACUAAAAUUACACGCUAUUACCCCGAUGAAGCAGUCAAUACUUUUAAAACAAUGAAGUCCAGAAGCUUUGUCUAUUCUGAGGGAAGAAAGGUGGUUGGUGGGUAUAACAAAUGGAAUGCUGAGUACAGUUCAGUCAUGGACCAAGCGUGCCCCUCGACAGUUCAGCAAUGGACAGCCGAGUGGAAAUAUCAGGUGCAGAAGAUCACACGGUCUCGUAGCACAGAUAUCCCUUCCAUCACGUCAGAAGCUGCAGUGCAAGCAGAGCAUAAAGAGCAGCCGACAGAUAGCAGAGAUGAGAAUUAUGUUUCUCAAAGUAUCCCUCAAAUCUCUCAUUUGUCCUUCACUGUUACUGACAGAAUGGAAAAGGAGAACACAUUGUCUGUGAAACCAGACCAAACUUUGGGAUUCCCAUCUCUCAGGUCAAAAAGUUUACAUGGCCAUCCUAGGAAUGUUAAACCCCUUCAGGACAAAUUAGACAGGUCCGGACAAGCCAGCAGUGUAAGUAACCUAGUGGUUGUGUCUGCAACUGCAAUGGAAGAACAAAAGGUUGAGCAUGAGAAAACUUCCACAGAAACUGAAUGUUGAUAUGUUUUGUUUUGUUUUGUUUUGUUUUUAAACCAGUACCACAAACGGGUGCCAUCAUGGCCAUCUAAAUACCAUCAAUUGCUGAAAAUGUUUUCAUUAAAAAAUACUGGAAAUUUGAAUUUAAAUUUCAAGGCACUACAUUUAAAGUUGUAUUUUGUUAACAUAUAUUAGCAAACUGAGUCUUUUUAACUGAAGCAGGAUCAAAUGAAAAUGACAAUAUGGCAAUAUAGAUAAACUGAUUAAUCAGCAUGCAAAAUUAAUUAUUAGGAUCUUUUUAUUCCUGGGAGCCACUGAGUAGCCUAAGAAAUGCCUUUCAGCAUGUAAAUCACCAUCAGAUCACCUAAGAAGUAAGCAA